AUGAAGCAGUUUGAGAGCACAGUCACGCGGGGGGAUGGUCGGCACAAAGUACGGUUGCCAUGGAAGGACAUCAGUAGUCCACUAGAAGACAACAGAGUAGUCGCAGAGCACCGGUUGCGUACUUUGGUCAAACGACUGCGGCGAAGCUACAGCUACUUAUUAGACUACGAUGGAGCAAUGCGCAAAUACCUGGAGGAAGGACACGCGGGGGUCGUUACUGAUUCGGAGCCAACGUCGUCAGAGCAUGUAUAUUACAUGCCACACCAGGCGGUUCGGGAAAGCUCCACAACCACCAAACUCAGGGUCGUUUUCGACGCUUCCGCUCACGCUCCAAACACAGCUCCAUUAAACGCGUACCUUGAACAACGGCCCAAGCUGAACACAGAACUGAUACCGUUAUUACUGCGCUUCCACACCGAAGGUAUCGCGCUUGUUUCUGACAUCGCCCAAGCAUUGCUGCAGGUAGUGGUUGGAGAGAAAGAUCGAGACGCACUGCGUUUCUUGUGGUACAAAGAAACACCGGCGGAGGAGGAUCCUUUAUCAGCCCCCCAAGUUUGGAGAAUGACUAGAGUACCGUUCGGAACGACUUCGAGUCCGUUCCUCUUGGCAGUCACAAUUAUACACCACCUGAACGGCGUAGAGGAACGGUUGAAAGCAACAGCUUCCAAGCUCACCGCAUCCUUCUACGUGGAUGACCCGUUGACAGGGGCUUCCUGCGAGGAGGAUACCCAACGGAUUUACAAAGAAGCCAUAGCGAUCAUGAGAUCGGCGGGAAUGCACCUGCGGAAGUGGGCAUCAAAUUCUAAGCGUCUUAACCAGCUUUAUGAAGAACAAGAAGACGUUGGUCACGGAGACCACGACACAGGCUUACUGGGAUUACGAUGGGAUCGGCAGACAGACAGCCUGAAGCUUGCACAACACAACAGGAGCGCCGGUUCGGAAAGCACUACGAAACGAACGAUACUGCAAGUCUCUGCAUCGGUAUUCGACCCACUAGGUUUCGUGUCACCAUUCACGAUAUGUUCAAAGAUUCUCUUCCAACGGAUCUGGCAAGCCGGCGUUGGCUGGGACGAAGACCUACCCGUGGAGAUGGUUGAAGAGUGGACACGAUGGGUCGAGGGCCUACCGUACAUGCAACGCAUCGAGACACCGCGUUUUGUGAGCCAAGGAAUAGGAGACAUCGCGGGAGUACAAGUACACGUUUUCACUGACGCAAGUCCCUUGGCAUACGGAGCAGUUGCAUACUUGAGAACAGAAGACACAACUGGGGGCGUCUCAGUAAUACUCAUGAUCUCGAAGGCGCGCGUCUCACCCUUGAAAACUUUAACAUUGCCGCGACUGGAACUGAUGGGAGCGUUAGUCGGGUGCAGGCUAGCAAAGGUCAUAUGGAGCUCCCUUACAAACUGGCCGCUGAAGUUCUACUUCUGGACGGAUUCCAGCAUCGUCCUUCAAUGGAUCAAAGGAUCAGUCCUCCGGUGGAAACAGUUUGUACGGAACCGAGUCACCGAGGUACAAUCCACCACAGAUCCGGCAUCUUGGCGUCAUUGUCCGGGGAAGGAGAAUCCCGCGGACUUGCUGACGAGAGGAGAGAAAAUACAAAGGUUCUCGAGCUGCAAAAAGUGGUUGAAGGGUCCGGAAUAG